CCUCGUUUAAAUAGCAGAGCCGGUAGACGCGGAUCCUUCUCUCCUUCUCUCCGCUCCGACCAGCUCCUCCUCCUCAUCUACACGCACGCACGCUCAGAGCCCCGCCGCCGCCGCUGCUGCUGCUGCCAUGGACCCGUCAAAUCGCUUCGCGGGAGAGAAGACCAGCUGGAAGGUGUUCGUGUGGAACCCCGAGACGAGGCAGUUCCUGGGCAGGACGGGCUCCAGCUGGUUUAAGAUCAUCCUCUUCUACAUCGUCUUCUAUGGCUUCUUGGCCGCCAUCUUCAUCGGGACGAUCCAAGCGCUGCUGCUCACCAUCAACAAGUACACGCCCCAGUACCAGGACCGCAUCCUCCCCCCGGGUCUGUCGGUGCGCCCGCAGCCAUUCCGCGCCGAGAUCUACUACUCCCUGUCGGAGCGCCACUCCAUCGAGCUGCACAACAAGAGCAUCAGCUCGCUGCUCGACUCCUACAGCAACGAGAAGCAGACGCAGCUCAUCAAGUGCGGCGAGGAGCCCGGCCCUGCACGCCUCUCGGGCCCGGACCCCCACUCGGCGGAGAGCGCCUGCCGCUUCCAGCGCGAGUGGCUGGGAGACUGCUCGGGCCUCACCGACCCCGACUUCGGCUACUCGAGCGGGAACCCGUGCGUCAUCAUCAAACUCAACCGCGUCAUCGGCUUCCUGCCAGAGGUGCCAAAGAAUGACACCCUGCCCAUCGGGUUAAAAUAUCAUCCCAAUGUGGUGCCUGUGGCCUGCAACUUCAAGCGCGAGGAGGACAAGGGCAGGAUCAGCGCGAUACGCUACUUCGGCGCGGGCGGCUACGCGGGCUUCCCGAUGCACUACUACCCCUUCCUGGGGCGCGCGCGGCACGCGGGCUAUGUGAACCCGCUGGUGGCCGUGCAGCUCAUGAACGUGACGCGCGACGUCGAGGUGCGGCUGGAGUGCCGCAUCUACGCCGAGAACGUGCCCUUGUCGGCGCGCGACCGCCUCGUGGGCCGCGUCGACCUCAAGCUGCUGGUGCGCAGCUAGCGGCCUACCCCCCGCCCUCGCCUCCAACUCCACGACCGCAGCCUCGCGCGUGGGCCCACGCACCGCACCGCACCGCCCCUGCACCGCACCGACACGCGCGCACGCACGCCCAGGUACGACCUCGUGCCUGCACGCGCGUGUACGCACCUACACAGGUGCGAACGAACCGUACUCACCUGUGUAGCUUUGCAAUGCGGUGCAGAGCACUCACCGGUACACCUGCGCCCACACGCACCUGUACAGGGCACACAUCUGCACUCGCCCGUAUAGGGCUGUACACCUGCACGCACACCUCUACGAAUCUGCAUAGGACACUUGCCUAUCUAAACCUGCACACACAUCUUAUCUGUCACGCGUAUAGGGUGCACGUGUAGAGGUCACGCACACAUGCACUCACCUGUAUAGGGGACAGAGCUGUAGCCGCACACACCUGUACAGGGCGCUUACCUGUACCUGCACAUGCUCAUAUGCAGGGCUCACACCUAUAGGGACCGUAUAAGGUAUGCACUUGUACCUACAUACACACCUGUACGCACCCGUCUAGGGCACAAGCCUGUAUAAGGGGCACACACCCCUGUACACACACACACACAACUGCACAUACCUGUACUGGGGGACUCACACCUGCACACAUUCUCAGCUACAAUCACCUGGAACACAAUUACACAGGAGGUGGUGCAAACACAUGCACCCACAUGUAUAGGGUGCCCACCCGUACCCUGCACGCACCUGUACAGUGCUCUGUGGGUUACCUGGCGAGUGUGAACACCUAGACCGCAUCCAUCUCCUCUUGGCAUUGGCAGAAGGGGCUGAGGAAGAAGCCAACUUUGGCUACAGAAGCAUCUAGCAGCCUCUUACCAUUAUUGUUGAGCUGAUCUGGCCCAUGCCUUUCAAUCACUCCUGCCCAGGUGCUUGCGUCAUGACCCACUCAGGUAUUAAAGUGACGAUCAAAUUCUUGCUAACCCUCCCACGGCAGCUGGCUGAGACCAAGCUUUAAGCGUUCGAAUGGGGUCUCGGGUGGAAGGCCACUACCACCACCAGCAGCAGCAGCACAGUGGAAGGAAGGCAGGCGCAUCUUACAGACAAUCUGGUGGUCAAUGGACAGAUCAGCUCCGUGGUGUCAAGGGUACGUGGGCUCACAUUCACUGUCCCGCCGCUGUAUAGUCCAGCAGAUGUUCUUGCUUGGAUAUGGAAAGCACCCGAGGUGUUGUGUGGAAGAGCUGAUGACGAAUCAGCGUGCUGGUCAUUAAAAGCCCAUUUCCAGCACAGAAAUCUAGCAGCCCCCCCCCCCCCCAUCAUGAUUGUUGAGACGAUCAGAACCCCAUUGACUGCGAGUUACUCCUACCCAGGUGCUAACUCAAUGACCCACCUGAGCAUUAACAGUCACCCAAUCCGAGAAGGGCCACUUUAGCGGACAUCUGGGAGAAGAGGUCACAACGGGAAUCUGACUAAUCAUUUGGGGCAUAGGCAGCCACCACCACCACCACUCUUCCUUGCCUCCUGUUGAUGGGACACGUGAGUGGCUUCUCACCGCCACGCUCCCACAGCCCCCCUUGAAUUCUUCAUUCAGAAGAGCGACUCCCCAUAAAUCCGAUUGUUAUCCUGCCCCGAGUCGAGGACUGUCCAUCUCUCGUGGUGACUGGGGAGUCAGAAACCGUCCACCACUCCACCGGACCUUCUGCAUCCGAAAGGUGCAGGUGGUACGCUGGACAGCGGUUGGGCUCCUCUGACAAGAUGAGCGUCAGCCUCUCGUCACAUUCAGUCACUCCACUUGACCAGCCGCAGUGGGUGCCCAUCGCUUCUGGAGGCUCCCCGCCAAACCUUGCCCGGUGGCCAAGAGGCACUGGAGACGCCUCCGCUUGCUUGGUUAUCCACUGCACUGGGUGUGAGUACGCCGCGAGGGUAAUCGGCUGACAGGUGAGACGUUCCCCCAAUGACUUUACACCACAAAGCUCCCAGCUGGCACCACAGGCAGUCGGGGAGGAUGGUUUGCCAGACGCACACCGAUCACAAAUGAUGCCCUUCCCCCGUAUAGCCCACACCGGCUGCUUGGGCAAGUGCUGUUAGCGAGCACCUAUGCAGCCCAGAGUACAGACACACAAGACAGCACCACCUAACAACAACAACAACAUAAAGCCGCCAUUCGCCACUAAGUGGUGGUGAACAUCACCAUGGCGCUUGUGCCAGGCUAGGUGCACCCUCCCUCCCCCCCACUCACGUACCCAGCUGUGUAAGUGUUCGUGUAGUGCCCGUGUGUAACCGUGUCCUCGUGUUUCGUGUCUUUGAAAAUCGACAUCUUAAACAAAAAAAACCGAUAAAUUAUAUUACUCGAAAGAUGUACAAGAUUUUAGAAUGAAUAGCGGAAGAAUAUAUAUGAAUAUACUAUAUGACAUAGAAUUAUAUAAUUAGCAUAUAUUUAAUAGGAUAUAGAAUACAUUUUAUUAUAAUUUGACGUCUACAACUAAGUUGAUGAUGUCACGAACAUUAAUGACUUCGUUGCUAGCGGCUCGUGUCGAGCGAUGACGUCACAUGUCGUGUACUAUAACGUUACAAAUCAUUGGCGAUAACGUCACAUGCGCACUAACGUCACCGCUCUCUGUAUGUGCUGUGCGAUGACAUCAUGGCGCAAUGACGUCGUCAAACAGCACAAUGACGUCACCGCAAUCCAGCGAUGGCGUCACAGGUUAAUACAUUUCGCGCGAGGAAGACGUCAGUCUCCUAUUCAGCACAAACGGCGCAGUGACGUCAGCGAGGCGUGCUGGCAUUGUGACGUCAUCGCGCCCGCCAGCACAAUUGACGUGGCUGCGCGCGGCUCCCUCUCCCGUCCACUGACGUCAUCGCGUCAUACGCGGGGACGUCACAGCCCUAAAUCUCAGCACAAAUUGCGUCAUCGUGUGGCGACACUGAGCCGCCGCCGGGGUUAAAACUCCGGCAUAGAGGGGGAUGGUCGGUAAAGCGAAUUAAUGAAGUACUCGCCCGUGUGAUUGGUUGCCUGGGUUCGUGUUUUACUCAUUCCGUGUCACUUGAAGCUUCAUAUUCCGUGUUAAGCGACCGCUAAGGCGCGCCCCUCAAGCCACGUGGCCUCGCCCACCCACCCGCCACGGGGCCAUGUUGAGGCCACGUGACGAUGUUGAGGCCACGUGGCGAUGUUGAGGCCACGUGACGAUGUUGAGGCCACGUGACGAUGUUGAGACCACGUGGCCCCCUGGCGACACUGGGCACGCGACUGCAGCUGUGGCCGGUGACGUCACGCGCUCCCCUUGCUGGUGAACACUGCGGUAGGAGGCAUUUAAACAACAAAAACGUCGAACACAUUCGUCAGAUAACCCGUGUGUGUGUAUGACCUUAAAAUAUAUAUAUAAUAGGCGACGUUUUGGGCAAUGCCCCUUCUUCACAUAUCACAUCAAAUGUGUUAAUUGUGCUGCCAGAGCAGCAAUAUCACCAAAUAAUUAUUUGUGCGAAUGAUUUGGUGAUGCUGCUGAUUCUAAUCAUAAGGGAUCGUUGCGGAGAACAUUACAUAACAAUAGGAGAGCAGGCAACACGUCUCCCUCGUAGAUCUGUCCCUCCACGGACUUUCUUUAGUUUGGUUUUAACACAUCCCAUCAGCGCCGCACGGCCUCCUGGGAGUGCAUCAUUUCAGCGGCAUUGGAUCAACGCAAGCAAAACUCUGCACCGGUUUCGACUCCAGUACUUCAGUGUCUCAUCAGCAGGGUCGGGCCUGCUUUCACCGAUGACGAUGAAAUGCCCGAUGCUACAGGCAAGGCCCUCUCUGUUAGAUUAUUAUGGGUCCAGCAGUGCCAGACUAAGCUAGAGCGGGGCCUGUAGCAUAUGUUACAAAGGGGCUCUAAACUAAAAAAACAUUAAAACACACAUUUUUUUACUUGCACAGUAAAGUAAUUGUAUGUUUUCAUUAGCCAGAUAAUACGACAAAUCGCUAACCUUAAACACCCAGUAGUUCAUAAAAGUUGAAGGCAAUAUAGUACUAUAGUAAUAGAGCAAGUGCAGAAUCACUGAACCGGAAUUGAUAACUUGAAAGCAUUUAGCGCGGGGCCCUUGAAAGUACGGGGCCCGUAGCUACUACACGAGUAAUAGCUACUACAUGUGUAGUAGCUACUACAUGUGUAGUUGCUACUACAUGUGUAGUAGUAGCUACUACAUGUGUAGUAGUAGCUACUACACAUGUAGUAGCUACUUGUGCUACUUGAAUAAUCCGGCACUCGGUCCAAGUUCGAAGCCAAAUUUACGCGGUCCAAUGCGGUACUUCGCUGGAUCGAUUACAAGCGGCGAUUCCAUUCAUUUGAUUCCCAUUGCGUGCUCACAUUGUGGGGGGAGUGGGGUCAUGACCCUGUACUGCCCUGUUCUACUUAUUAGGCACAGAGCAAAUCAGCCAGAAUCAGAAUGUUUAUUUUAGAAUGGCGCAAUCCGAUGAGCCACUGGCGAUGCUAUUUGACUAAACAUUCGGCAGGUAGCGAUGCAAACAACGAUCCGUAGCUCCCUUGACGAUUCUCACGUCCCAAUCAAGACCCAUGCAUCCCGUUGUCUCGGAACACUAAUGAACUACCCGACGAGUGUAAUUAUCCCUUCGUCCUGAGCUUCUACUGACGAGCGAGGCUUCGAGACAGCGAUAACAACGCGAUGGCGGUUAAACGCACCAAUAUGGCAACUGGGUGACGUCACGAGCCCCCUGUACUCAAGUGGAAUUCCGCUUGGGAUCACGUGCUGCAUGCAGCCGGCUGCAUUGGGACGCCCAGUGUCCCAGCCCCCCUCCCUGCCUCCUUGCCCCCACCCAAUCCCCCUCCCCCCUCCCCUCGCGCCACCUUGUGAAGUGAGUCAACGACGUCGCGCGCAGUCUGUUCGGGGCAGUGACGACGCCACUCCCCCUGUUGGCGCGCGGUGACGUCACCUCCGAUUGCUUAUUGUGACGUCACAAAGGGGAGUUGGGGAGGGGGGUGGGACCCGUCGUCCGUUUCUCUCCGCCGCGUGCGUGCGUGCGACCCCGCUUUAAAGCUGCCGCGUUCAAGUGUCGAUGUGACGGGCGACCCGCGCGCGUCCGCCCGUUCUGUUUGCGUGCCGAGUGACUCAACCCCCUCCGCCGCGUCGACGGUCAUCCGCGCGUGCCGAUGGGUUUCGGUCGGUCGAAUUGCGUGCUGUGGAUGCUCGACCGUGUGUGUGUGUGUGUGCCGAUUGAUCGAUUCGCGUGCCUUGCCGUGCCGUCUGUCGCUCGUGUCGUCUGUGUCUGUGCGAGACUCGCUCCAUCCUCAUGAAGCAAUAAAAAUGUGGAGAACACAA